UCUUUGCACUGCUAUCCACUAAUGUCUGGUUCUUCCACAGUUCACAGACACAUGAAAAUCUUCAACACACCCAGCAACUCCAGCACCAUCACUGGCUUCAUCCUCCUGGGCUUCCCUUGCCCCAGGGAGGGGCAGAUCCUCCUCUUUGUGCUCUUCUCUGUUGUCUACCUUCUGACCCUCAUGGGCAAUGGUUCUAUCAUCUGUGCUGUGCGCUGGGAUCAGAGACUCCACACCCCCAUGUACAUCCUGCUUGCCAACUUCUCCUUCCUGGAGAUCUGGUAUGUCACCUCCACGGUCCCCAACAUGCUGGCCAAUUUCCUGUCUGACACCAAGGUCAUCUCCUUCUCUGGGUGCUUCCUCCAGUUCUACUUUUUCUUCUCCUUGGGUUCUACAGAAUGCUUUUUCCUGGCAAUUAUAGCAUUUGAUCGAUACCUUGCCAUCUGCCAGCCUCUACAUUACCCGACUCUUAUGACUGAACGUCUCUGCAACAUCCUUGUGGGGAGCUGCUGGGUACUUGGUUUCCUCUGGUUCCUAAUUCCUAUAAUUGUCAUUUCUCAAAUGACCUUCUGUGGAUCUAGGAUUAUUGACCACUUCCUAUGUGACACAGGUCCUCUAUUAGCCCUCACCUGUACCAGAGCCCUGGUAAUAGAGAUGGCUAGUUCUACCUUGAGUUCUCUCCUUUUAUUUAUUCCCUUUCUCUUCAUUGUGGGGUCCUAUGCUCUGGUCCUGAAAGCUGUGUUCAGGGUCCCUUCAGCAGCUGGAAGAAGAAAGGCUUUUUCUACCUGUGGGUCCCAUCUGGCUGUGGUUUCUCUUUUCUAUGGCUCAGUGAUGAUCAUGUAUGUGAGUCCAGCAUCUGAACAUGAAGCUGGAAUGCAGAAGAUUGUGACUUUGUUUUAUUCUGUGAUUACUCCACUCAUCAACCCUGUAAUAUACAGUUUGAGGAAUAAAGACAUGAAACAUGCAAUGAAGAAAUUCCUGGGUACACAAAAUUGA